AUAAGCUUAUAAGGACUAUGUAGCAUCAACUCUUCUCCAUCCUCACUUACCCACAACUUAUAUCUUUUCUGCACAACCAUAGACCAUUUGCUACCAUUCAUGUCCUCCGCUCGACUUUUAUCCCGGGUGUUUCAAGUCUCCCUACGUAAUCAAAGUCGACGUUCACUCACAACUCGAACUGUUCCAACCAUCACAAGUACACUUACCUCACAAGCAACGAGAAGUAUGGCGUUCUCAGCCCGUGUAGCGGCCCAUGAGAUCCCCAGCAUCCAUGACCUCUACAGCAAGGGCGUACUCCCCAAGGAGGCUUUCUACGCGGCAGAGUCCAAGCAAACGCUCCCCGUUGUCGUCAACGGCGGCCCUAUUGCCUUACCUAUCCCGUCGCCUGAGCUCAACAAGCGCCUUGCCAUCCACAACGGAGACAUCACCAAGCUCCAGGUUGACGCCAUUGUCAACGCCGCAAACAACUCCCUCCUUGGUGGCGGAGGCGUAGAUGGCGCCAUCCAUCGUGCCGCCGGUCCCCAGCUGCUUCGCGAGUGCCGCACCAAGCGUGGAUGUGACACCGGUGACGCCGUCAUGACUGAAGCCUACAACUUGCCCUGCAUGAAGGUCAUCCACACGGUCGGCCCCAUCUAUUCAUCGGCUAACCACCAGGAGUGCGAGAAACUCCUGAUCUCCUGCUACCUACGCUCUCUGCAGACAGCAGCAGAGGCUGGACUCACCACCAUCGCUUUUCCCGCCAUCAGCACCGGCGUCUACGGUUACCCGAGCAGAAAGGCAGCUCAAGCAGCCCUUGGUGCCAUUCGUCAUUUCCUGCUAGACCCCAAAACACAAAACACAAUCACAAAGGUCAUCAUUGUCACCUUCGUCGACCAGGAUACGCGUGCCUACCACGAAUGGCUACCGACCUACUUCCCUCCCUCAAUUUCCGAAGAUGGCAGAGACUAAAUGAACUUCCAGCCCUGAUGGCCACGAGGUGCGUUGUCCCUAAUUUGCCCCGCUGGCAUCCUCAACAACCCUUUCCUUGGAUGUUUGAGGACUAUACCCCUUUUCUCGACGCAGUAAUCGAGGAACACAUAAGGAAUGGCUUCAGAAAAGCGAACGAAGGGUUGGUGGCAGUGCCAGAACAAUUCCGGAAAGUAAUCAAACAGAAAAUCAUCUGGACGCGGAUGGAGGCCCAGGCGGCUCUGCAAAACCGGCGAGUUGACUCAGGAGGAGGAAAUCGACAGGCCUCAGAAGUAGCUGCAAUCGAAGAGGAGAUUGUAAAAUCGGUCAAGAUGUUUGCGUCUUUGUAUUAGCAGACAUGCAAGUCCGAGGGAAUCAGGAACGCCAGUGGGGGACAAUAGUUCUCUCUGCUCGGUUU